UCAUGCAAUAAUUCUAAGUCUCUAAAAACAAACAAAUAGGUAAACUAUUCUAGUAUCUAAAAUAGCUAAUCCUACACAAUUAUACAAUCAAUUCUAAGUUCGUUCACCCUUCAGUAAUGUUGAGAAUAAGAGUUUGAUGUAAAAGACAGCUAGCGAUAUGGAAAUGAUUAAUAAACCUGUUGCUCCAACUAAACAAUUAACACAUUAAUAAACACCCAAUGCAUCUGAGUAUAAAAUACAAUUUAAAGUUGGAGGAGGAAAGUAACUGUAAAAAGAAGAUGCUAAUUAAUUUAAUUCAUAAACUGCUCCUUUUAUUCCCAUGAGUCCUCAAUAGCGUCAUGAGAAUGCUUAAAUAUUGUAAUCACCUCAAAAUCGUUAACCAUAUUUACUUUCUCCUCAACAUCAAUCUCCUUAACUUUAAUUCUAAUCUCCAAAUACUAGAGAUUUAAAACCAUAGCAAUUCUUUUCAUAAGUGCAAACACAACAAUAAUAACCUAAACAAAUUGCUCAAUAAUCUUCUUUUGUUUCACCUACUCUGAUGUAAUAAUAAAAUUCACAAAAGGUAGUGAAUUAUACUAAUACAUUUGCUCUAUAAGAGGAAUUGAAAUGUUUAUAAUAAUAAAGUAUUAAGAUGACUUAAGAGAUUUAGAAAUUAGAAUCUGAAGCUUAAAGAGUAUAAUCAGUCUAAUUAAUUAAAGAAUUAGAAGAUAAGAUAAAAUUACUUAAUUAGAUGAAUAAAUAAUUAUUAUUAGAUAAUGCAGAACUAAUGAAAGUGCCUGAUGUAUUGGUAUUAAGAGAUUUAAUAGUCAAAUACUAAAAUGAUAGAAAAGUAGCAUAUAAUCAAUUGACAGUGUUGAAGAAUGAGAUUUAGAAUUAUAAAGUACGCUGUGAAGAAUUAGAAGGAAAAAUAAAAAGUGAUAAUUCUUAAGAAUUGAAUGAUUUGGUUUAAGAAUUGGAAAAUAAAGUUUAAACUUUGAUUUUAGAAAAUGAUAGAAUAAAUUUAUAAUUAAAAAAUGGGAAUAAUAAUGCAAAUUAAAUUUAGAAAUAAAAACAUGAGAAUGAUCUUGUAAAAGAGAGAUUAAUAAAAAGUAGAAAAGAAGAAGAAGCUUUGAAAUAAUCUUGUUAAAAGGAGGAAAUGAAAUUGAAAUUGUAUGAGGAAUGUAAUGAUAAAUUGAAAUUACUUUAAGAUGAAAAUAAAAGAUUAUAAUAAAUUCUAAAUGAUUCAGAAUUGAAUUAAAAUGAUUUAAAUAGUCUUUAAGAAAAGGUAUUAAAAUAAUAAUGAUUUUAAUAGAUAUAAGUAAUAAGGUAAGAUAAUGAAAGAAUGAUGAGAUAACUAAAAUAUAAAUAAUGA